AGCGGUCUCCAGCUUCGGAACUUUGCCUUUGCCAUGGCCAGCUGCCCGCUGCAAGUGGCAGUCCGAAUCCGCCCACAUCAACCGCACGACGGGAAGAAUGGUCGGGCAUCAGUGCAAGCUGCAGAUGCCGCCACGAUCGAGACCACUGAUGGCACAGACACCAAGACGUUUGUCUAUGAUCGCGUCUUUGGGCCAGAAGCCAGCCAGCAAGAAGUGUACAGCCACUGCGCGCUGAAUUUGGUGGAUUCUGUGAUCGAGGGCACCAACGCCUGCAUCUUCGCUUUUGGAUCCACCGGAGCUGGCAAGACGCACUCAAUGCUGGGUCCAGAAGGUGGUCGCAGGCAGGCCACCCAAGACGGGAUCUUGCCCCGGGCCGCGGCGGAGCUCUUCCGGCGCAUCGCUCGCGUGGAAGCGGAGGCCAAGGCAGCCAUCGGCGCCAAGGGCUUCUCCGCCUAUGAGGUCCGCGUGUCCUUCCUGGAGGUCUACUGCGAGAAUGCCUUUGACUUGCUCAGCGGACCUGUGUCUGCGUCCCGGGAUCCCUCCAGCUCAUGUCAGUUGCGGGAGACGACUGAUGGGCGGGUCUACGCAGAUGGCGCCAAGGAGGAAAGGAUCAAGUCCUGCGAGCAAUUGCUGGAUGUCGUAGCUGCCGGGGCACGGGCAAGAGCGACAGCGGCCACAGGCGUGCAUGCUCAUUCCUCUCGGUCGCAUGCUUUGCUCGUUGUCUCGGUGGAGCAUCGCUGGCGAGAGGUGGGCGAAACCGAUCCAUCGAAGUUCAAAAGUCAGGUUGCGCGUCUUACUUUGGUGGACUUGGCGGGGGCUGAGUCCAUGGAGCGAGCGCACGGAGGCAGCGUGGACGCUGCAGGCGUUGGCACAAACAUGGGAUUGCUGGUCCUAGGCCGUGUUAUACGGGCACUGGCAGAGGGAUCUGAACGCGUCCCUUACCGCGAUUCGACGCUGACUCGCCUCAUGCAAAGCUCGUUGGGCGGCAAAGCGAAGACUCAGAUGCUCGCGUGCGUCAGCCCUGCGGCGCACGAAGGAGAUGUCACUCUUAGCACGCUGAAGUACGCUGCCUCUGCCAGGCGUGUGUUGCUGAAGCCGGAGGCAGCAGCCAUUGCCACGGAGUUCGAGUCGGAUCCCAUGCUCGCCGACGUGGAGGAUGACGACGCCGCGCUGAAUCGGCGCUGCAUUUGGAUCGAGACCGCGGACUUCGGCGAUGUGUUCGCCCGCUGCUUGGGGGACCCCAAGGAUCCCUUGAUCUUGUAUGUCCAUGGAUCUGGGCCUCACAAUAGCUCGAACUUCUGGAACAAGUUGGUCAUGGAUGUGGCUGUGCAGGCCAGCGCAGGUGCCGGAGACGUGCCAAAGAGCUAUUUCCAGGUGGCCAUCGACUGUCCUGGUUACGGUCGCUCCCCUGGAGAUCGCCAGAGCAUUCGCUCGUAUCCUGGGGCGCUGAUUUCGAACCUCGUGCGCGCCUUGGGACGGAAGACGGUCGCCUGCCUGGUUGGCUCGAGUCAAGGAGCUUGCGGCACUUUGAACUGCGCUUUGGAGUGUCCGAAGUUGAUGCACACCAUUGCAGUGUGCCAUCCAGUGGGACAUGCUCCGACUCGCUAUGUGGCCAUCAACCAACCGACUCUCCUGAUCUUCGACACGGAGGAUGCUGGGCAUCCAGUAUCGGUGGGGCGGCAGAUGAGGCGUCAUCUUCCAAAUCCAAGGUACUUUGAAUUCACCCGGUCAGCAGACGGCGAUUGGGAGGUACACCAUAUGGCAGAGGAAAUGCUUGGAAUGAUGCAUGAGAGCUAUGCAAGCUGGAGAAGCAAGAGGCAGGGCGGGAGAAGGGACAAGGAGCUUCCCGACCUCACUCGAGUGGCUGGCGGGUUCAAUGGCUGGAAUGAUCGGCAUGUGGAUGAGAUAGACCCUUGGGGUGGAUAUGACGAGAUCGACGCGGCAGAAACUGCGGCUGCAGGAGAGAACUGUUGGCGAGCUCGACUGGACCCCUCAUCCAACACAAUUGUGUAUGAGAACGCCGUCACCGGUCGAGUCGCCCGCGUGCGACCACCCGGUGCACAAGUGCUAGUUGAAAAGUUGGGCCCUUCGGCUGGAAAAGCCGACUCGGCUGGGGCCACUUCCGAGCAGUCGACUUCUCCAGCGCCCGAGUCAGCCGGACUGGUGCCACGAGAAGGCAGGCAAUUGAUACCCCUCUUUGAAGGGAUGGAUGAAGAUGACGAUGAGGACGAUGAAGAGCGACAGGAAAGGGAGGCCAAAGAGGCGGCCGCGCUACUGAAUCAGGAGGCGUCCCAGAGUCACUGCGAUUUGUGCCGCAAAGCCUUGAUACGGCCUGUCCGGCUGGCCCGAUGUCGCUGCGCACUUUGCGCCUGCUGUGUGGAGGUGACGGUUCUCUACAUGCGCGACUGUCCCGUAUGCUUUUCUCCUGUGGAUGUGAAGGGCGGCAAGGCAGUUUCUGACGCCUCCAGCGAGCUGCUCUCCCAGUGCCAAGAUGCAGAAGCCUCGGCUGUGGAGCAACUGCACACACUUGAGCAGCUGGUGGAAGCGCGUCAAGCAUCUCCCCGACUCAUCUUGCAGUAUGGAAAUAAAUCCGCUGGGUCUGGAGGGAAGAGGUCAUAUACAACCUUUUUCAAGGUCGUCUCUGCUGAGGGAGUGGCAGACAAGGGAAGCGUUGCCAAAGUCGACUUCAACAUCAACCCGGGCUACUCCAAGCCAACAGCUUCUCUCAAAGAGUCCAACGACAAAACCCUAGGCUUUACAUUUGAGUAUGCCAUGGCGCGUGCGUAUCCAUGCCAUAUGACCAUCCAUUUCAAGAGCGAGUUGGGCUUGCCCAAGCUUGUCAUCGAGCACUAUGUUCAAGAUGAACCCAAAACCACGCGACGGAUACUACUGCAGCUGCCACAAGUGCGAUUGCCACCAUCUGGAGCACCGCGUAUCACAGAGAAGGAGACUGUCUUUGACGCGGAUCCUCCACAGAACGCCUGGUUGUGCUACCAAGCUGGUCGCAGCGUGCUCACCACGGAGCCACGGGAGUUCAUGGCCACCCUGCUGGGGGCUCCUGCACCCGAUGCAGCUCCGGCACGCUCCAUCAGCAGGAAAUCCAGCAAAGCCAGCACUGGAUCACGGAAGAGCAAGGGCUGACACUGCUGUUCGAGUAGACAAAGCGCCAGAAAAUGAGAAGCGCUUACCUAACAGCUGUAGCUCUGUACAGUGGGUUUCAAACAGCUGCGAGGUCUAUCUUUUACGAGAUCGCUCAGCGCUCGUCUGCAAAGCUGUAACUAGCUUCCGAACCUUGACAAAGUCACAGGUUCGAGCAGAAGUAAAGGCUAACUCGCCUGAGGUGGCGCC